UCGUGGUUUUGACGAGUGGUUGUCGUUGUGGUGGUAAUUUGGUAAUAGCUUGAAUAUCAGCGUUCCUCACUUAUCAUAACUCAUCUCGACGCUGUCGCUGCCCUUGCUGACGCAGUGCUCAAUUUGCCAUCGUUGCAAGGCAUGUGUGUGGACGUCCUGUCGCCGGCUUCAAAUGUGCGGAGUGCCGCGUCCUCAGGGAUUGACCUGACGGACCAGUGUGGCCAACGCCUGCAGUCCAGAGAGGCAGAGUCUGUUGCAAUUGAAGGAAUUGAAUGUCACUGCUGUGCAAGACAGAAGCCUAUGGGAAGAUGGAGAGUUAAUGCAACAGUGGUUGCUCUGUGUUGUUGUCAUCUCCAACAAACCAUGGCUGUUGCCUCACGACAAGACUUCUGAAACGCCUCAACCCAGAACUUCGAGACAGUGUGCAGUCCGAAUCCUCCGUGUAGUGCUCGAGCGCCAUGGAGAUUCGUGUGCAGAGCCCCCCGAGUCAAACGAAACUCCAGCGAACCAGCAAUCAGAGCCUCCCACUGAAAAUAAAGUUUCACACUCUCCUCUGAAGAUGACUCUGCGGCCACCUGCCAGGAAACGUGCUGCGUCAGAGGACUGCAUCAUUGGACCAGGAAGAAACAUCUUGCAACAGGCACGAAAAACACGUAAUGCUUGCACCACUAAUUCUGGAACAUUGCAUAAGAGUGCUGAGGAAAAAGAUGAGACUGACAGUGAGCUUCCUACUCGUAGCGUUGACAGGAGGGACAGCGAGAACUUUUCCAAAUACGUGGCCGAAUACAAUAGGUCGAAAGUCAAGGAUUACUACUCUUGCAAGCUGUGUCCGUACGGCACCCACCGGAAGAGGAACUUUGUCGUGCAUGUGCGCACCCACACGGGGGAGAAGCCGCACUGCUGUGAGGUGUGCAACGACGUUUUUGCCCAGAAGGCUCAGCUCCUGCGUCACAUGAAGAUCCAUACGGGCGAGAGGCCAUUCGAGUGCAACAUCUGCUCCAUGACUUUUGCAGAAAGGUUGACACUCAAGUGCCAUUUUCGCACACACACGGGAGAAAGGCCUUUCAAGUGUCCAACCUGCUCACGAACAUUUACACAAGUUGGCACCAUGGCCCGCCACAGGCGGUCGCACGCUUGUAAACAGCAGAAAGUGUUGGCCAAGCCUAAAUGAAUAAAAAGUAAAAAUGCGAA